AGCGUGAUGACGCACUUCCGGUGAGGCGGCGGGCGCGCUGUAGGAAUUUGAAUUGAGCAUCGGGCGGGAAUUGGAUGAGCGCUGUGUAUAAAGAGGUUACAAUGUCAAAGCGGGAAGCAUUUAUACAGGCCACGGAAAAGGAGAAAGUAGAACAAUUCUUAAACUUCAUCAGGCUACAUAAUGAUGCGUCCGAUCCUUUUGAUCUGAAUGAAUUACUUCAAGAGUUGCCAAGGAAGCAGAAAGAGGAAUUAUGGCAGAAGCUGAAGACUUUACUGUCAGACACUUUGGUGGCAAAUCCAGUGGAAUCGUGGAACAUACUAGACGAUGACAGUGAUGAUGACAUGGAAGUGGAAGGAGCUUCGGAUGUGAAACGCACAAUGGAGGUCAUACAUGGAGUAACCACUGUUGCCACAGUGUCUGUGUCUGUAAUAGAUGGCGAUAUAACCUACGGAGCUCUUCUAGAAUGUGCCACCAUUCUCCGAGAACUUUUGGAAGCUUUGCCAACGUCUGAGUCCAAGUUGCGUGUUGCCAUCCAGCGUCUUUGUGAAGCCUGGUGGGAAAAGGAGCUGGAAGAGAAGGAUGAGUUUGGAAAAAUGGCUUUUGUUUUGCUGCUGGCAAAGUCGCUUGAUGCAAAGUGUAUAGUCGCGGACAUUGCUCGCUUAUGGCAACUGCAUUCCUCUCUUCUCAGCUAUAAUUACAACGCGGCUGAGAGCAGCGACGUGAAGGAUUUGUUGCUCCAGUGUUUUAUGAGUAUUAACCACAUUAAGAGAGAAGAGGGACGGAGAUUUCUCAGCUUUCUGUUCAGCUGGGAUGUCAACUUCAUCAAGAUGAUCCAUGAAACCAUCAAAAAUCAACUGCAGUGUUUUCCAAAGUCAUUGAUGAAUCACGUUGCAGACAUAUAUUUCAGAGCCUGGAAAAAAGCAUCUGGUGACAUUUUGACGACAAUUGAACAAGCGUGUAUCCAGGACCUAAUGCACCAUGGUGUUCAUUUACCCAGGAACUCUCCAGUGCACCCCAAAGUGAGAGAGAUACUGAGCUACUUUCACCAGCAAAAACUGCGUCAGGGAGUGGAGGGGAUGCUGUACAGACUCUACCAGCCCAUCAUCUGGAGAGGACUAAAGGCAAGAAAUUCAGAUGUUCGAUCCAAUGCUGCAUUGUUAUUUGUCGAAGCGUUUCCUCUGCGGGACCCCAAUAUGAAUCAUGAGGACAUGGACAAUGAAAUCCAGAAGCAGUUUGAAGAACUUUUUAACCUGUUGGAAGACCCCCAGCCUGUUGUGCGAUCCACUGGAGUUUUGGGCGUUUGUAAAAUUUCGGCUAAAUACUGGGAGAUGAUUCCAUAUUUAAUCCUGGCAGAUCUUAUGAAAAAAAUCCUUGGUGACCUUGCAGCUGAUGUUAGCUCUGCUGAUGUGCGCUGUUCUGUUUUUAAGUGCCUGACCAUUCUUUUGGAUAACAAAUUGAGUCAUCCUUUAUUAGAGCAAAUGUUGCCAGCACUGAAAAACAGUCUCCAUGAUAACUCUGAGAAGGUCCGAGUGGCUUUUGUUGACAUGCUGCUAAAGAUAAAAGCCGUCCGAGCUGCUAAGUUUUGGAAAGUGUGCCCCAUGGAACACCUCUUAGCUCGCCUGGAAACCGAUUCACGACCUGUUUGUCGCCGUAUUGUGAACCUUAUGUUUAACUCUUUCUUUCCUGUAAGUCAACCAGAGGAGACCUGGUGUGAACGAUGUGUAGCACUUGUACAAAUGAACCCUGCAGCCGCACGAAAGUUUUAUCAGUACACCUUCGAACACACUGCUCCCACCAAUAUAGCUAAACUAAUGCUGACUAUAAGGCGCUGCUUGAAUGCGUGCCUGCAGAAAGCCGUCCGUAAUGAAGACGAAGAGAAUGAUGAUGGCAACAAGGAGGCGGCUGAAAAGAAAAGUAAUAAGAGUGUGUUGGAAAAUGUGCUGUCAACUGAAGAUGCUGCAUCUAUGGCCAGUUUACUGGAAAUCGUGGUCAUUUUGUGGAGAAGUAUCAAAAAAGCUCUUGAUCAGAAUGAAGAGGCCCAAAAGUACACAAUAAGCAAAUUUGCGUCCGUGCUGCCUGAAUACUUCCGAGUGUUUAAGGACGAGCGCUGCACUGUAGCAUUAAUAAUCCUGGCCUCUUUUAUGCCUCCAUCUGCUGUUCCAACAUUCAGCUGCUCUGUCCUCUCUAAGCUGAGAAACUUACAUAAUGGCGCUGAAGAAAACAAGUACGCCACGCUCAUAGACUGCUUGUGUCGCUGGGGGCAAGUGGGCCACAUACUGGAGCUUAUAAACGACUGGCUAUCUGAGACUUUCCCAGACAAGAAGAGUCCAAAGGAUUCUCGACGAAAGGUCCGCAUUCAGGAUACGAUAGAGAGUAAGCCGGAGCUAGCUCUUGAUUACAUGGAGUACAUUAUAACCCACACUAUGAGUCGAGAGUGCCUUCUGUCUGUACCAACUAAAAAGUUAAAUGGCUUUUUAAAGGUUCUGGGGCUUAUAAAAGAGGUCCUGUGCUCAUUUGUGAAGCCAACGAAAGAUACAGAUCAUAAGAUUACUCAAGAAACUGCGCUUAGAACUUUCAGCCUUUAUUGCCGGCUCAGCAUCCACCUCCAGUACAAGGUUAGCUCAGAAGGGAGAAUAUACCUGUCAGUCUUGGAGGACACGGGGUCCUGGAUUGAAAAUGAAGUUCUUGCAUUUCUUGCUUCUGAUGAGGUCAUUUCAGAUGAGCAGAGCGAUUUGUCUAAAGAAAUACUUAAGACAUACCUUACUGUUUGUAAAGAUGUGGUAAUGGUUGGCCUUGGAGACUCAGAAUUUCAAGCACACGUCCUUCAAAUUGUCAUCUCAACAAUGAAUACUGAGACGUCCUACACGUGCCUACCAAUGCUGAUUUCUGUACUGAAAGAGAUAACCGAAGUCUGUUUGGCUCAGAAGAUGAGUAAUGCCUGUACGGACUUGACUAAAUACCUUGAAGCUAUUCAGACAAUCUUCCAUAAAGCACUGGAGACUACAGCUCGUAGGCUGAGGAAACAUCGUGAAGAGGCUCUACAGCUCCUUCAGUCCAUGCAAGUCCCUCUUAGCCAGUUCAUACAGACCGUUCAGUGCUGGAAUGCUGCAUCUCGUGAGGUCCACCGAGGAAUGCUCUCCACCCUCGUGGCUGCUCUUGUUGUGGAAAUAGGCUCUGCUUUGCGCAAAAUUUCAGAUCCGAGUGAAAUUACGACACCAGCUUCCGUUUCAGAUCUCCCUCCUCUAUCACGCUGCUUAUUGUCCAUUGUUAUAAAGACAUCCAGUGUACUGAGUUCAUUUUUAGGGGAAUUGGCAGAAUGCAUCUCUAUGGGAGAGAUUGAAGGAAUCCUGAGUUUGACUGCAUCACUACAUAUCAUUAUGAUCAGUUCCAAAGGUAAAGCAUUCUCUGCUGCUACAAAAGACAUCGCCGCAAUGAUUCUUCGGAGGCUGAAAACGUAUAGAGAGAUCACAAUGGAAGAUGAGGAAAAUAUAGAAAGGGCCAUAUAUGAAUCAUCGGUGAGAACUUUAGAACAGCUCCUCCCGCCUUAACUUCAGCAUAUUCUGUUAUAUUACUAAGGCAAUGUACAGACUGUUAACGAUAAGAAGGAGGGAGCAUGAUUUUUUGUAAUGUACAUUUAUAUUUUAGGUGUUUUCCGCUAUGUAAAUAUAAAAUAUAUUAUUAAGAUAGAA